AUGGGAAAUGCACCAGGUAAACUUGGUGAUGGAACUUCUGGUCCCGGGGAGACCGGGAAUUAUAGGACCAGCUCUGGCAGGUCUAUGAGUGCUUCGAGCGCUGGAACAGGCAAUAGAAUCCCACCUUGGAAUGCAGAGUAUAAUGUUAGAAGUCGUCGAGGUGCUUCACUGGUUGGGAAUAUUUUGAGUACCAGUGGCAGGUCGAGGGCCGAUUCUGUAGGAGGCUCGCAGCCGUCUAAGAGGAAGUCGACAAAAGAGAGGGAACAAGCGAAAGAGACCCAUGCUAAACAAUUGGUGGUGAAGUUUGAUGAGACUGUAGAUGGUGGAUUUUUGGCCCCAUAUGGAUGUUAUGGGUUUGAGAAAUUGGAUUACGAUGCAGACGUUGUUAGAAGUUUGAUUAUCGAUCGGAAACUGGCGCCUUUUUACACACCCUUACAGGAUUUCGAUGAAUCGUGGACCAAAGAGGAACUGAUCAAAAUUGUUGAUGGUCUGCCUCUGCAUGCUUCAUUCGAUGAAAAUUUGGAGAAAUAUGAGGACGUGGCAGUUGGUAAUUUAAAGAAGACAAAUUUCGAUGAAUUGAUCGAUAAGACUUUGUCCAAGAGAGAGCAACGCCGUAUGAGGUCCAAGAUUUUCAAGGCAAGACUUUAUAGAAAGCGAAUUAUCUGGCAAGAGAUAGAAAAUGAGAAUUUCUUGGAACAAAAACUGGAGUCUAAAAAGCCUAAUUCUACAUCAAAGAACAAUUCCUUCCUUGCAAGUGACGAUCUGAAAUACUCGUUGUACAAAAAUGGAGCAGAAUGUCCCAUUUGCUUUCUAUAUUAUCCGGAGCCAUUAAACUACUCAAACUGUUGUUUGCAACCGAUCUGCACCGAAUGCUUUGUCCAGAUAAAGAGAGCUGAACCGCACUUCCCUCAUGACGAAGUAGACCCGACGCAACCAGUCACCAAUGAUGAUGAAAAGGAUCCAAACCUCUUGACUUCCGAUCCACCCAAUUGCGCAUACUGUGCGACUCCAAAUUUCGCAGUCACCUAUGAAGCUAAGGCAGAUAGAAGAGUCGGUAUUGGCGGAAUGAAACCGUCUACGUACAAACUACCAAAAGAACCCUCAAACAAUGAUAUUGAACCAAGCGCAGAGCGUCGUGGCUCUAGAACGCAGAACAAUGCAGAUGUCGUAGCUUCAGACAUGAUCCGGCCGGACUGGAAGGCGAAAUUGGAUAAGGAAAGAGCAAGAUUAGCUAGAAGAUCUGCUAAUGCCACUGCCAUCCAUGUCAGCAAUCGACUCAUCGAUCCUGACCACCCUUCAAGGCGUGGAUCCAAUUAUGACUCAUCAAGCAACAGAGAUGUUCAAGACUUGGAGGAAGAAAUGUUAGCUCGAGCCAUAAGACUAAGUAUUGCUGACGAAGAGGUCCGGAACCAGAAGAAGUCCAAUUCACGCUAA